AUGUCCAUCAUCUACAGCACAACCCCCCUCCCCACAAACACCCAGUCCACCGGCCUCGCAACCAUCGGGCCCAAGAAACACCUCAAGCUAACCCGCGGCCUCAUAACCUCCAGCCUCGAAUUCCCGCGAAUGGUCAUGGUCAAGCCGGCCGCCGCCGGUGACGAGAGCCGCUUCAAACUGGCCACGCACGACGACCUCAUGACCUAUCGGCGCAACGUUGAUACGAACGGCCGGCUCCCGGCUAGGGGGGAUCCCGAUCGAGUCGGGUUUUGGGUUGAUGGGCGGGGGAUGCUGAUGCUGGGGAUGGGGACGGUUGUUGCGGCGGGGGAGAGGGUGGUUGUUGCUUUUGUUGUUUAG